CCUGUCCCCGCCGAAGCUCUGGACCUUUCCAAAGCCAGGCUGAGAGGGUGGGGAGAGCCCAUGCGCUUGAGAAGCCGGGCUGUUUCUGGGCGGGGCUGCAGACUCCUAGUUCUUGUGUCACCGUGUCCUUCCGGGGAGACAGAGAGAAGGGGGAGAGCCCGGGACCAGGGCCGGAGCGGCGGGGGGGGCUGAGCAGCGGGGAGCCGCUCCGGGUGCCCCCACCCCCGCGCGCCUCAGUGGUGCCGGCCGAGGGCAGGGCUCGCGGCUGCGGGGCUCGCGCCGCUGUCAGUGCGGCGAGGCGCGCAAGCGGCGCGGGCGCGGGGCAGCGGAACCCGGAGAAGCUGAGGGGGCGGUAGCGGCGGCGGCGGCGGCGGCGGCGGCGACGACGACGACGACGACGACUGCCCCGCGUGUGCCCAGCCUCCUCCCGCCGCAGCUGCCCUUUUCCUCCCUCCCUUACGUCCCCGAGUGCGACAGUACCGCCUCCUUCCCAGCCGCGCGGCUUCCUCCAGACCUCUCGGCGCGGGGCCCUCCUUUAACCUUCUACAGACUGAACUGGAGCUCAGGCUGUCUCCCUGGAGCUGUUCAAAGACUGGAGGAAAUUCUUUAAAACCUGUGGUGAGCCCUAUUCCCGGAGGCAGGUGGUGCUGACCCUGUAACCCAAAGGAGGAAACGGCUGGCUAAGCUCAGCAUUGUUACUGUCUUCAUUCCCCUAUUUGUAAAGUCGGAGUGCCUCCUUGUCCCCUCAUGUCUCGUGUGUGUGCACCAACCAUGCAGGUAGGCACCAUGUCCUUGAAGAUGCAGGCAAGCAACGUAACCAACAAGAAUGACCCCAAGUCCAUCAACUCUCGAGUGUUCAUUGGAAACCUCAACACAGCUCUGGUGAAGAAGUCAGAUGUGGAGACCAUCUUCUCUAAGUAUGGCCGUGUGGCCGGCUGUUCUGUGCACAAGGGCUAUGCCUUUGUUCAGUACUCCAACGAGCGCCAUGCCCGGGCAGCUGUGCUGGGAGAGAAUGGGCGGGUGCUGGCCGGGCAGACCCUGGACAUCAACAUGGCUGGAGAGCCUAAGCCUGACAGACCCAAGGGGCUAAAGAGAGCAGCAUCUGCCAUAUACAGUGGCUACAUCUUUGACUAUGAUUACUACCGGGACGACUUCUACGACAGGCUCUUCGACUACCGGGGCCGUCUGUCGCCGGUGCCAGUACCCAGGGCAGUCCCUGUGAAGCGACCCCGGGUCACAGUCCCUUUGGUCCGGCGUGUCAAAACUAACAUACCUGUCAAGCUCUUUGCCCGCUCCACAGCCAUCACCACCAGCUCAGCCAAGAUCAAAUUAAAGAGCAGUGAGCUGCAGGCCAUCAAGACGGAGCUGACACAGAUCAAGUCCAAUAUCGAUGCCCUGCUGAGCCGCUUGGAGCAGAUCGCUGCGGAGCAAAAGGCCAAUCCAGAUGGCAAGAAGAAGGGUGAUGGAGGUGGUGCCGGCGGCGGUGGCGGUGGUGGUGGCAGUGGCGGCAGCGGCGGCGGUGGUGGCGGUGGCGGCGGCGGCGGUGGCGGCGGUGGUGGCAGUAGCGGCAGCCGGGCACCAGCCCCCCAAGAGAACACGACUUCUGAGGCAGGCCUGCCCCAGGGAGAAGCACGGACCCGAGAUGACGGCGAUGAGGAGGGGCUGCUGACACACAGCGAGGAAGAGCUGCCUGACAGGAGCAAUGGCCACCAGCAGGUGAAGGGCAUCGCUGCCCCAGGCCUCAAGCCGGGCACCCAACCCUGGAUGCCACCCCCCAGCGGGUACCAGAGGAAAGCUGGCAGCAGGUGCCUCCUCCCCCAACGCAUCCCAGCCAGUGCCAUGUCCUCUGCAGGUGGAGUUACUGGCCUACUCCUUCCCCAUGAGCCCUCCCUGUCUGCACUGCCCAGGCCAGAGGGUAGAGCACAGGAGUUUCCCCACACUGCCUCCCCUCCCCAGGACACUCCUAGGCUUGGGUUUUUUCUAUAGGUUUGGCGGGGGGCCACAGGGAGGGGACCCUGACAAUAAAGAGAUUGGAUCCCAA